AUGGAAGGAAAGGUGGCUAGACCUAGAGGUAGGCCGAGGAAACGCCCAAGGCCGGAGGAUAAGAAUGGGGCCUCUAGCCGAGGGAAGAGGCCAGUUUUUGAGAUGAAAUCGACUGUGCCAAUAUCCCUUAUUGGUCGUUAUGUGUUGAAAGAUUUCGACGACAGUAGAGUUUCUCUUGGGAAGAUAGUUUCGUACAGUUCUGGGUUUUACAGAGUUGAAUAUGAGGAUGGUGAUGGAGAGGAUUUGGAAACUCGUUAUCUUCGCCAGUUGAUUAUUGAGGAUAGUUACUUUGAUGGUGAAUUACGUGCUAGGAGAAGUAAACUAGAAAAAUCUAUAGUGAAGAAGGGAAAAAAGAAGAAAUCUGAUAACCUGGAGAAGAAAGGGGUUGAGCUGCAAACUCAGGUUAAUGGAGUUGAGGUGCCCACAGCUACUAGCCCAUGUUCUGUGGCAGAAGUUGAAGGUGGUUAUUCAUCUUGUGGUUUGCCUGAGUGUGAAGAUAACGUAGAUCCAGAUAUCGAAACUACGUCUACUCUUGUUCCAGUUCCACCAGUGGAUUUGCCUUCUUCAUCAGGAACAAUUGGUAUCCCUGAGGAGGCUGUAAUGCAUUUAUUAUCUGUGUACGGGUUCUUAAGAUCAUUCAGUGUUCAGUUAUAUAUCUGCCCAUUUGGAUUGGAUGAUUUUGUGGGAGCGUUGAAUUUCUUAGGACCUAAUUCUUUGCUGGAUGCCAUUCAUGUUGCCCUCAUGCGGGGACUGAAGGGUCGGCUUGAGAGGCUCUCCUCAGAAGGGUCUGAAGUGGCUUCAAAUUGCUUGAGGUGCAUUGAUUGGAGCUUGCUCGAUGCGCUAACUUGGCCUGUUUAUUUGGUUCAGUACGUUGCUGCCAUGGGACAUGCAAGUGGGGCUCAGUGGAGAGAUAUUUAUGAUUUUGUUGUGGAGAAAGAGUACUAUUCUUUACCCGUAGUGAUGAAGUUGAAGAUCCUGCAAAUUCUGUGUGAUGACGCCUUCGAUGUAGCAGAUUUAAGAGCUGAAAUCGAUACCCGAGAAGAAUCUGAAAUUGGAUAUGAUCCUGAUGGAGUUAUUGCUGAUCUUCCUGAAAAUGGACCUAGAAGGGUCCACCCAAGAUUUGCUAAAACCUCAGCUUGCAAGGAGAAAGAGCUUAGUGAAGUUGUUGGAGUGAACCAUGGGGUAAGCUCAAUGAACGAGUCAAAAACUUUGAGUUCAAGAUGUACUGAUGGUGGUCCUAAUGGACUUAGCUCAGAUCUGGAUGGAAAUAGUGAUGAAUGUAGGCUCUGCGGCAUGGAUGGAACGUUGCUAUGCUGUGAUGGAUGCCCUUUAGCAUAUCACUCAAGAUGUAUUGGCGUGGUCAAAAUGUAUAUACCAGAUGGGCCGUGGUAUUGUCCAGAAUGCACUAUCAACAAAAUGGGGCCAACUAUUGCUCAUAAAACCUCACUCAGGGGAGCAGUGUAUUUUGGAGUGGAUCCUCAUGGGCGACUCUUCUUGGGUACAUGCAACCACUUACUGGUGCUUCAAAACUCUGUCCAUGCGGAUACAGAUAUCAACUACUACAAUGUCACUGACAUUCCAAAAGUUGUACUGGUGCUUUUGUCUGCAACGAACCAUAGACUGGAAUAUCUGUCUAUAUGCAAAGCCAUCUCACAAUACUGGGAUCUGCCUGGAAUUGUGAUCUCCUCUCUGAGAGCAGUGGAGACUGAUUUAUGUCACACGGAAAAAGAAGAGGGCGACGAGGUGUCAGACCUAAUUAAGCCUGAUAGUGCAAGUAGUUCCAGUAGAAGUAAUAGUCAAGACACAUUUGGCCUUUGCGCAUCUGCUUCAGGCUAUGUUGGCGGCCCUGUUUUAGGAAGAUCAAGUGGAACGCAGGAGAAGAGUUGGGCUGCUGGCAUUACACACAAGGGUUUAUCAUUUAAACCUCACACAUACAUUAAUCAUUACACAAACGGAGAAUUGGCCGCAUCAGCUGCUGCUACUUUGGCUGUCCUAUUGUCAGAGGAAACCCAUGAACCUGAUGCACACAAGUUUAGUAAUGCCAAGAAAGCUGCCUCGAGUAACAUCUUGCUACAGAUGAAAGCAUUUUCGUUAGUAGCCUCAAGUUUUUUCUGGCCAAGUCCUGAUAAGAAGGAAAUUACCAGGGAAAGGUGUGGUUGGUGUCAUUCUUGUAAACUCACAACAGCAAGUAGGAGAGGAUGCAUGUUAAAUGCAGCUGUAACUGGGGCCACCAAAAGUGCUGUGAAAAUCUUCAGUGGCCUUUUUCCUCUGAAGAACGGGGAUGGAGUACUCUCUAGUAUUGCAGCAUAUAUCCUAUAUCUUGAGGAAAGCUUACGUGGUCUCAUUGUGGGGCCAUUUCUCAGUGAGAGUCUCAGGAAACAGUGGCGUAAGAGGCUAGAGGAAGCCUCAACAUGCAAAGCGAUGAAAGCUCUCCUGCUUGAGCUUGAGGAAAAUAUUUGCAGUAUUGCUCUGUCAAGCGAUUGGCUUAAACUAAUGGAUGAUUGGUUGAUAGAAUACUCUAUCUUUCAAAGCGGUCGAUUUACUGUUGGGACCACACAGAAACGUGGACCUGGUAGGAGGAGGAGGAACCAGGCUGAAGUUUCAACCGAAGGUGCUGAUGAUGAUAGCUUUACUUGGUGGCGAGGGGGGAAGUUAUCAAAAGUGAUACUCCUGAAGGCAGUCUUGUCGAAGCCAAAGAUAAAGAAAGCAGCUUGGCAAGGUGGUCUGAAAAAGUUUCCUGAAGUUAGUUAUUGUGAAGGUUCUUACAUUCCUAAAAGAAGUAGGCAGUCUAUUUGGAAAGCCGCAGUUGGAAGUAGCAAAAAUAUUUCUCAGCUUGCUCUUCAGGUUAGAUACCUGGAUACGAAUAUAAGAUGGAGUGAACUUGUACGCCCAGAGCAAAACGUGCCAGAUGUUAAAGGUUCAGAGACAGAGGCUGCUGUUUUUAGGAACGGUAGAAUUUGUGACAAGAGGAUUAUAGAUAACAAGGUUAGAUAUGGAGUUGCCUUUGGAAAUCAAAAGCAUCUUCCAUCUCGUGUCAUGAAGAAUGUCAUCGAAGUCGAGAAAUCUGAAGAUGGAAACGAAAAGUAUUGGUUUCAUGAAGCACGUGUUCCCUUAUAUUUGACUAAAGAGUAUGAAGAAAGUUUGCAUAAGGUCUAUGUCCCUUCCAUUAAGAAGCCAUCAAAAAUUUUAUCAAAGCUCCAGAAAAAGCAACUGAAAGCUUCUCGAGCAAACAUAUUUUCUUAUCUAGCCUCUAGGAGGGACAACACGGAGAAGUGUUCUUGUGCGUCAUGUCAUCUUGAUAUUUUAUUGAGGGAUGCAACAACAUGUAGUGCUUGCCAAGGCUUCUGUCACAAGGAAUGUACUACGAGUACACAACACACAGCUGGGAACGUUAAAGUUCUGGUGACCUGCAAACGGUGCUACCUUGCAAGGACUCGUUCGCUAAUCAAUAUCAGUCAAAGACAUCCAACAACACCCACUGUGCUUAUCAAUGGACAGCAGCAUCAAAACGCAGUCACUCCAGUCAUUAAGACGCAGAUAAAGCAUCAAAACGCAAUCACUCCAGUCAUUAAGACGCAGAUAAAGCCUCCUAAUCAACAGUUACCAUCUUUGAACAUACGCGACAGUGCCUCAGGAGUUAAACAAAUCACUCCUGAUUCUAAUGUCGCUUCCAAGAGUAAACAAAAGACAUUGUCUUGGGGGAUCAUAUGGAGGAAAAAGAACGUUGAGGAUACAGGUGUUGCCUUCAGACAUCAACAUGUUCUGUUGGCUGCACAAUCUGAUCGGCCGAAUCUUGAACCAGCGUGCUGGAUCUGCAAACUGCCGUAUAACCCUGCUCUAACAUACAUUCAUUGUACAAGCUGUGAUAAGUGGUACCACAUUGAAGCGGUUAAGCUCGAGGAGUCGAAAAUUCCUGAAGUUGUCGGGUUCAAGUGUUGCAAAUGCCGUCGUAUACGAUCACCAGAUUGCCCUUACAUGGAUCCUAAACUCAUGGAACAGAAGCAGAUGAAAAAGGUAGUCUUCAAGAGGCAGCAGAAACAUCAUGGGCCAGGAUAUAUCGGAAUGGAUUCUGAUUCUGAAAGAAUGUCUGAAUCAAAAGACUCACUGCCCUCUACUCCCUCGUUUGCUUUGGAAGAUGCGUUUGUUCCAGAGGAUGAUCCUCUCUUGGUGUCAGUCUCAAAAGUCGAACAAAUUCCGCCUACCAAAUUAGAUGUGGAAUGGAACGGCGAUAGUUCUGUGCCGGGACCCCAGAAGCUACAAGUUAGGAGACGAGUGAAACGUGAAGACACAGAAGGGAAUGAAAAUAAUAUUUCUUACACCGAUUUCUCGACGCAUUCCGAAUCACAGCUUUUUGUGAAGCCAGAAACGGAACCAACAUUGCCUGUCAUGGAAUGGGAUGCAUCUGGCAACAACAACAACAACAACAUGGUUGAAGGCGAGCUGAUGUUUGACUACGAAGAUAUGGAAUUCGAACCCCAAACCUAUUUCUCGCUGAACGAGUUGCUUACAACAGAUGAUAGUGGCCAGUGCAAUGGAUAUGGCAAUGACAAGGAUGCUUCAGGAAACAUGGAUAACCCAAACCCAAACCCCCAGGUGGAGACGAUGGAACAAUGCGGAGCAUUUCUGUAUGAGAACACAAUUCCAUGUCAGAUAUGUAUGCAUGUGGAGCCAGGACCUGAUCUCACAUGCCAGACUUGUUCCAUGACAAUACAUUCUCACUGUUCUCCAUGGGAGGAGGAAUCUACUUGCACCGGAGGUAGCUGGAGAUGCGGUCGUUGCCGCGAGUGGAUGUAG